GCCUCCCUUGCCUCAUCCCUCUUUGCAUCUCAGCUUCUUCAGCGGUCGGAUUUUACAGCCAUCCCAAUCCAUACGGAAUCAACAAGUCGAAAGGAAAAAAAAAUUAAAAAAAAAUCAACACCUGGUCAUACGGAAUCGCACAUGAUUCGACGGCCCUGACAAUUGGCAAAGGUGAGAUUUACUCGUUGCAUGUGCAUCGAUGGAGGGCUCUCCCUGUCGCCCAGCGUCAUUGUUGAUCAGACGUGCAAGGAGUCUUGAUUGCAUCGGUUCGCAGCUCAUCUACUUCACCCAACUUCUCACUCUCUCUUGUCUCUCUCUCUCGGCAUUCAAUUCAAUCGCUCCCCAUCCGUCUCCAACACCCCCGACUCCGUCCUCGGUUGCCUAACCCUAACACCUUCCUCUGUUUUCUCGCCCUCGUCCUCCCUCCGUCCAACCUUAACCAACAUCACCAAAAAAGUUAAAGAAUCCUCCGCAGUCCGCCUAUAAUUCCCCCUCCAGACGAAACCCACAUCUUAGUUUUCUCCAUUAGCCCCUAGAUCCGCUCCCUCGUGCUCUGAAGCUUCGCCGAAAUGGAGCUCUGUUUCUUGGAUAAGCUCAAGAACCAGCCUUCAUGGGUCAUCUUCCUCUUCGCCCUCGGUUCAAUCUCGAUUCUCAAGUUCUCGCUCGCUGUUCUCAAGUGGGUCUACGUCAGUUUCCUCAGGCCCGCCAAGAAUCUGAAGAAGUACGGCUCGUGGGCGCUCAUCACCGGGCCCACCGACGGCAUUGGCAAGGGAUUCGCUUUCCAGAUUGCCCGGAAGGGCAUUAAUCUGGUCCUCGUCGGCCGGAACCCCGAUAAGCUGAAGGAUGUCUCCGACGCGAUCCUGGCCAAGUACGGGAAGGUGCAGAUCAAGACGGUGGUCGUCGAUUUCGCCGGGGACAUCGACGCGGGCGUCCGGAGGAUCAGCGAGACGAUCGAGGGGUUGGACGUGGUGCUGAUCAACAAUGUCGGCGUGUCAUAUCCGUACGCGAGGUUCUUCCAUGAGUUGGACGAUGAGCUGCUGAAAAACUUGAUUAAGGUCAAUGUGGAAGGGACCACCAAGGUCACCCAUGCUGUUUUGGCUGGGAUGAUCAAGAGGAAGAAGGGAGCUAUUGUCAAUAUUGGAUCGGGGGCUGCGAUUGUGAUCCCCUCGGAUCCACUCUACUCUGUUUAUGCUGCCACGAAGGCGUACAUCGAUCAGUUCUCCAGGUGUCUCUACGUUGAAUAUAAGAAGAGCGGCAUCGAUGUGCAGUGUCAGGUUCCACUGUACGUGGCCACUAAGAUGGCGUCGAUCAAGCGGUCUUCUUUCUUUGUGCCAUCGCCAGAAGGCUAUGCUCGGGCAGCUCUGGGGUCGAUUGGCUAUGAACCUCGAUGCACCCCCUACUGGCCCCAUUCCCUCCUCUGGGGCGUUGCUAGCUUGUUACCGGAGUCGGUGAUCGAUUCAUGGCGGCUGGGAUUUUGCCUCGGCAUUAGGAAGAGGGGGCAGCUCAAGGACUCGAGGAAGAACGAGUAGUGUGCGUAAAUCCCUCGGCUCUAUGGCUCGCGUGCGGGUCAUGCACAGAGCUUUGUGCUUGUUCUGUCUGCGAGAUUUUCGUCUUUCCAAAAGUGUAUGAUCUUCGAAAUCCAUGGCUUUCGAUGUUUGUUUUGUGUUAGCACGCUUUGGUGGGAUGAAUUGUUCUUGACUCUUUCGUCUUAUGAUUUGCAUCGCUCUCUCUCCCUCGACUAGCAAAGAACAAAAGACGAAAACAUUUUGUGAGGAAAAUGUUGUUAACUGUAUCUUCAUUUAGUGUAUUGAACAUCUCGAAUUUCAUA